CUCCUAGCAACGAGCAGUGGACGCACAGGACAAGUUAGCACGGAGGGGAAUGCAUGUCAUUGCAGUUGAUACCUGUCAAGAAUCGUUUUAACUUGUACCUCAAAAAACGAGAAUGGAACUAUCGAUGUCCCCACUUCAGAUAUAUGUAGAAAAAACUCUGGCCAUUAUCAAACCAGAUAUUGUUGACAAAGAGGAGGAGAUACAAGAUAUUAUUAUCAGAUCUGGAUUCACCAUUGUUCAGAGAAGAAAACUACAACUUAGCCCUGAGCAUUGUAGUAACUUUUAUGUGGAACAGUAUGGGAAAAUGUUUUUCCCCAACUUAACAGCUUAUAUGAGUUCUGGACCACUUGUUGCCAUGAUAUUAGCUAGACAUAAAGCCAUCUCUUACUGGAAAGAACUUUUGGGACCAAGUAAUAGCUUAGUAGCUAAGGAGACACACCCAGACAGUCUAAGGGCAAUUUAUGGCACAGAUGACCUAAGGAAUGCACUUCAUGGGAGUUACGAUUUUGCUGCAGCUGAAAGAGAAAUUCGAUUCAUGUUUCCUGAAGUGAUUGUUGAGCCUAUUCCAGUGGGACAAGCUGCUAAGGACUAUUUAAAUUUAUAUGUAAUACCAACUCUGCUUAAAGGACUCACAGAGCUUUGUAAGCAAAAACCAGCAGAUCCUUGUAUUUGGCUAGCUGAUUGGCUGUUGGAAAAUAAUCCCAACAAACCUAAACUUUGUCACCAUCCAAUUGUAGAAGAAUCUUAUUAAAAUAAAGUCUUUCAAAGAACAAAUCAUGAACGAUCUCAU